AUGACUGUACACGUAGUCUUAGACGAGAGCUUGCAGAAAGAAGCCGUUGAUCUAGGCGUCAAGGCAGUCGUCUUCGAAGCCGAUGCCUUUGAGACAGGAAUCAGUACGAUCCGCACCGCAGAUGACGAAGGCUUCGCUAAUCUCUCCACGAAUCCGGACUAUCGGGGCCUCGCCGAGGAUGGCUUUGGCGACUUCGUCCUCAAGGUUCUCAUCAAUCACCAUUCGGACACUGAGAGGCUUCCGGGAUCGGUGUGGGACUUGGUCAAGGGCCAGUGCAUGGCCGCGGAUAGGCCCUUCCAGAUCCGGGGGCCUGCCGGGGCGUAUGCGUUGGCUACUAUGAGGCAGAAGUGA